AUCACAACUUCCAAUCUAGUCACCACUGCUAAAGCUACAAUCCCAUCGCAAAAUGUCCACCAUCAAGCUGGAAACCUCGGACGGCGUCAAGUUCACCGUGAAAACCCAGGUGGCCAAGUGCAGCGGCACCAUCCGGACCAUGCUGGAGGACAUCGGAAUCAAUCCCCAGGAAGGGGAGGCCAUCCCGCUGUCGAACGUCCACUCGACGAUCCUGCAAAAAAUCCUCGUCUGGGCCGAGCACCACGUGGACGAUCCGGAACCACCCCGGGACGAUGCGGACGCCGCCAAACGAACCGACGACAUCUGCUCCUGGGACGAGGACUUCCUCAAGGUGGACCAGCGGACACUGUUCGACGUGAUGCUGGCGGCCAACUAUCUGGACAUGAAGCAGCUGAUUGCGGUCUGCUGCAAAACGGUGGCCAACAUGAUCAAGGGCAAAACGGCCGACCAAAUCCGGAGGACGUUCAACAUCGAGAAUGACUUCCCGCCCGGGGAGGAGGACAAAAUCCGGCUGAGGAACCAGUUUUGCGAGGAACGAAGCGCACAAACGAUUAAAAUCAGUUUGUGAGCAAAAUUCGCCCAACCGAAAAAUGACCUGGAAAAUUGACUUGUUCGUUCGAUUUUCGCGGCGUUCUGUGUUGUGAUAAACAUUUGCCAGGAGCGAGCUUUUCCCGUGUGGGCUUAUGAAUUGGGCUCGU